AGUUGGGAGAGCGAUUUUGGCACUUACACAAAGAGGACGGUCAACUAUCCAACUAAAACGCCAUCCCUGCUUUUUUACAUGCCUGUCCUGUAAUACCUUCUCCUGACAAACAAUAAGACGCGUUCGAGACUGCGGGAUGUACACGGCCGGGCUCAACCCGUUUUACGCAUCGAACUUUAGCCUGUGGUCUGCGUACUGCGCAGGGGGCUUCGCUGUGGACACGAUGAAGAAACCCUCGUUUUGCAUCGCAGACAUUUUGCAGGCUGGAGAUGCGGAGAACAUCCCGGGAUCGUCGGCGCUCGUGGUGCAUAUGGGACACCACCACCGCGCGCAGCAGGGCCACUCCGGCAGCUCUCCGCUGCGCCCUUCCCCUGUCGCGCCGGAGCCGUCGGUUUACGGUCCGAGGAUGAGUCCGGCGUCUCCGUACCACAGACACGGACUACAGCUAACCUCAGUCUCCAGAACUGCAUUUAACUCCCAACAAGCUCCCCCGCCUUCAAGCAAAGACCUCAAAUUUGGAAUUGACCGGAUAUUGUCGACAGACUUUGACCCAAAAGGCAAAGAAAAGUCGUCGUUAAGAGAUCUCACGUCCAUCGUUAGCUCGAACCGUCAGUCAGGGAUCCACAUCCCCGUUCAGCCUCCGGCCAGCCAGUACUUCUCCUCCAUAGACCCCGGGAUGAGCGACGCGUCCUCCAUGAUGAGUUCACUAGGCAGCAGCAGCAGCAGACAAUCAGGCCAGCAUCAGUUUCAGGACACCUUCCCAGGUCCAUAUGCUGUCCUCACAAAAGACACAAUGCCACAGACGUACAAGCGGAAAAGGUCGUGGUCGAGGGCAGUGUUCUCAAACCUGCAGAGGAAAGGACUCGAGAAGAGAUUUGAAAUACAGAAGUAUGUCACCAAGCCAGACAGAAAGCAGCUGGCUGCCAUGCUCGGGCUGACAGACGCUCAGGUGAAAGUGUGGUUUCAGAACAGGCGCAUGAAGUGGAGACACUCCAAAGAGGCCCAGGCUCAGAAGGACAAGGAGAAGGACGAGAAGCCGGAAAAGAGCGUGUCUGAGUCCGGCAGCAGGGAGCCCAAAGAGCCGACGGAGUCUGAGUGUGAGAGCGAGGGCAGGAGCGAGUGUGAAUCCGACGAGGCCCCGGAGGAGGAAAACUCUGACGGACACUUGGACAUUUCUGAGCAGCAUAAACCCAGCGUGAUCAUGAGCGGCAGCGCGCCGGCGAGCAGCGCGCCGGCAGCGGCCACAGUCACAGACACAGCGGCCUCUCAGGUGCUAAUAUGAAGGCAGCGUGUUGGUUUAGGUUAUGAACUAUGAGAACGAAUCUUUUAAUUAUUUUUUGACAGAAGAACGACAGUGAUAUUAAAAACCCAUCUGGAGUGGCUGAGUCAGUUCACUAAACUAUAAGGUAUUCAGAGGAUUGUUGCGACCAGAACCAGGCCUGUACCGGUGUAAUCCCUGGGAGCAAGUGGAGCAACAAGGAAGUAGCCUAUUAUUGUUCGAUAUGACACAUUAUUUUAUCCCAGACACACGGAACAUUAUAGUCCAAACUAAUUUGUGAAUUUCAUUAGUAUUUGUCUCCUUUGUUUCCUUCUCUCUGUCAGGCUAUAAUGAUAAAACCCACAGGCUUCCGGCCACCUCCAGUGUCUCUUUAUUGUCGUUUUCCUCUCAGGAGCUUCUGUGUGCAUCAUGUUUUUCUCAUCUGGAGGAAAUAUGCGGUUGUGAAUUUUAUUUUUAGGUUAUGAACCACUCGUUUCACGUUAUAAAUGGAAUCUCAGAACAUCACGCAGUGUUCAUGUAUUUUUUUUGUCUGAAUAUAUAGUUGUGCUAUUUUGUUAAUAAU